UGCUUUCAAGUCCUUCUAAAGUCUUUUCGUUUGCAAAAUGCCCUUCGUUUUGAAGACACGAACUCUUGCAGCCCCUCUUACCAAGCAAUUACAAUGUGGAAGACUGUUAUUCGCUGCAUAUCUUCACAGCAAAGCGGACACGGAAGGAGAUAACAUCCAAUUAUUCAAUAACACUUACUCUCGAGACGCCAUGACUAACAUCACUCCAAGCAUUUUGUCCAAAGUCGGACGAAACCUGCACCUUUGUAAAAAUCACCCACUAAGCAUUUUAAGAGAAAGAAUCCAGGAACAUGUUUAUGCGGACUACAGAACUCGCUGGGGCGGCCCCAUGUUUACAAUGGUGGAUAAUUUGUCUCCAGUUGUCACGGUGGAACAGAACUUUGAUAGUUUGCUUGUUCCAAAAGAUCACGUUAGUCGAACGAAGAAUGAUAACUACUACAUAAACGCUGAGCACUUGCUUCGCGCUCACACCUCUGCGCAUCAAAGAGACUUGAUUAAAACUGGACUGGAUGCUUUUCUUGUUACGGGUGAUGUUUACAGGCGGGAUGAAAUCGACAUGUGUCAUUACCCUGUGUUUCAUCAGAUGGAAGGUGUCAGGUUGUUUUCACAGCACGAGCUGUUUUCACAAUAUGAGGAGCCAUUGGAAAUGUUUGAUCAAAGCAGAAGCAAAACCCCUGAGAAACAAGCUGCACACACACUGGAGGCAGUAAAGCUUGUUGAGUUCAGUCUCAAGCAAACACUGGUGAAGAUUGUUGAACACCUGUGUGGAGAGGGAGUGGAAAUGCGCUGGGUUGAUGCAUACUUUCCCUUCACCCAUCCUUCCUGGGAAUUAGAAGUUAAUUUUGAAGGUGAAUGGUUGGAGCUGCUUGGGUGUGGCGUGAUGGCACAGGAGAUACUUGUAAAUGGUGGAGCUGAACACAAGAUAGGCUGGGCAUUUGGUAUUGGACUUGAGCGUUUGGCCAUGAGGCUUUUUAACAUCCCUGAUAUUCGGCUGUUUUGGAGUGAUGAUCCAAGAUUCCUUUCUCAGUUUGAGGGAAACAAAGUUGUUGAGUUCAAGCCGUUCAGCAAGUACCCACCUACUUACAAGGAUGUGGCGUUUUGGAUUCCUGAAAACUUCUCUCCAAAUAACCUGUUUGAUGUGGUUCGUGGGGUGGCCGGUGACAUAGUGGAAAAGGUGGAGUUGGUGGACACAUUCUGUCAUCCCAAGACUCAGAGAGAGAGUCAAUGCUAUAGGAUAACUUACAGGUCCAUGGAUAAGACUUUUACUGACAUUGAAAUUAAUAGUAUUCAGGAUGAGGUCAGGGAAGAAAUUCAGAAGAGAUUAUUGGUAGAACUUAGAUAGAUUACUCCAUCAAUGUCAUUUUGAAAUAGAUGCUUGAUCAAGCUGUGGUGUGAUUUGAAGAAAUUGCACUGGUUUUGCUUUUUUAAGCUCUAUGAUUGGUCCUAAAAAUGUGUGUCAGCCUUUGAACCAAUCAGAUGCUAAACUUGUCAUUUUCCAGCGCUUGAGGCAGGUUAGGUGCAUCUAAUUGAGUUCUCAUUGGCUCCCUGAGAUUCUUUUUUUUGUUCUGAUUGGCUUUUAUGUUUACAUUGCCCUGGAUUUAAAUUUAAGAAACUUAAAAAUUGUACAGUGUUCUAAAACAUCUGCAUUCAAAUUUUGUUCCCUCAUAUAAGUGGGUCACAUUGAACCAAAGAAAUUGUUACUUGUGAAAUAGGCUUUAAAUUUUAUUUCCCACUAAGAAGACAACGUAAACAAGUAUUAGUAGAUUUUGAGUACACUUUGUCCCCCUAACAAAUUGUAUCUUGGCUCCAGUUGUUCAAAGGUUGGAUAACGCUAUCCACUGAAUAAAUUUUAUCUGGUGAAUAGUGCAGUAUAUUUUGCCACACUUAUCUGCUGGAUAGUGAUUUAUCCGUUGGAUAAUGUUAUCAGACCUUCAUACAGUUGGGCCUUGAAGUUUAGAGCCUGUUAAUUUAAGAAAUCCCGAGGAAAACACACUUUGUAUAGUUUCAGAUACAGCUAAUUCCUUAUUGAGUUUGAAUAACAUUCAUAAAUCGUUUGAAAGUAAACCUCUGACGAUACUUAAUUUCACCGUGCAUGUCAAUAUAGGAAUUGUUGAAGUUUACUGGAAAGGAAAGAGAGGAACCAAGAACCAUGCUUUGAAAAAUGCCCCUGUGAAUGUGCAAGGCGAUUCUUAGGAGAUGAUUCCCUUGAAUAUCAUCUAAGAAUUACGAAAUCUCUGAGCUAUUGAGACGUUUUGUAAUUCUUAGGAGAGAACUUCCAUCUACUAUCAUUUAAACUGGAAUAUUUUGUCUGAAGAUUUAAUUUUCUUCUCUACGGAUUCUGUUUCAAUAUCUUAUUUUGGGUUCAUUCUAAGCCCUUCGUGUUUGUCUUUCCCGGUAAAUUAUAUUUGAAACAACCGAGGCAUUGUUAUGUAGCUCUUUCCAACUGCAACAGAUUCUCUCACAUCACAGUCUGGGUUAAUUUUGCUCCCGACAAAUGUAAAAUUGCAUAGGUUCAUCUACCAGCAAACAAAAUAAUUUUCUUUUCAAAUCCUGGACACUUGUUCAAAGCAUGGUUUCGGGGAUCGAUGUCAAAUUUCUUAUGUACCACACACGUAAAUCCCCAUAGGAAUUCGAAAUAAAUAAAUC